GUCCAAGUUGAAGUCCACAGGAAGAAGUGCUGCUGUGGAGAAGAAAGAGAAAGGAGUGUCAGCAGAGGAGGAUGAAAAACCUCAGAAACCACGAGAUCCCAACAUGGUCAUCCAUGUGUGCGAUGAGACCAAGAAUCUGAAGCAGGACUUCACUUGUCCCAGAGAUCUUCUGGUCAAGGAGAUGCGUUACUUUGCUGAAUAUUUAUCUGUGGACCCCCAGAGGUGGGAGGAAGUUGACAUCUCAGUCCACUGUGACGUGCAGAUCUUUGACUGGCUUAUGAACUACGUCAGGAGGAACUCGGCAGGAGAGGGAAACAAGGACAAACCCCGACUUGAGCCCAGCAAUGUGAUCUCAAUCCUGAUCUCCUCCGAGUUCUUGAAGAUGGACACGUUAGUGGAGGAGUGCAUCCAGUACUGCCACAAGCACAUGAGUGCCAUUGUGGCUACUCCCUGCAACAUGAACUGCAUAAACAGCAACCUGGCCACACGGAUCGCUGAACUCUUCAGCCACAACGAGGCCGACGACAUCAGGGACAAAAAAGACAAGUUCAAAAGCAAACUGUUUCAAAAGAAAAUUGAGCGUCUCUUUGACCCAAACUACCAGAACAGAGAUUCACCGGGAAAUGCCUCAACUCUGUACAGGUGUGGUCUGUGCCUUAAGCUGUUGACCAAAGACACAAAGAGGAAAAUUUCUUGUGUUCCAGGCAAAAUCAAUAUUGACGCUCGUGGAGAGAUCAUCUAUACACACACCAGACAAAAGAGUUGGGAUGUGCACGAAUACAUCACAGGCCUGUAUGAGGAGCUCAAGUCCUGGGUCUUGGUUUACUGGAGAAUCUGGGGUACCAUCAACUACCUCACCUGCUUCCGAUGCCAACAGGUGUUUGUAUGUGCAGAGCUGACGCAGUGCAAGUACCACCCAGACAGCGUCCUGUACCAUGGCAUGGGUACAGAGAGAGGCUGGCACGGUGCAGGAAUAUAUCCGUGCUGCAACCAGCGGGUUCUCCGCUUUGACCCCACUGGGAUACCAAAGGGCUGUAAGACGCGGGAUCACAUAGUGAAUGUGCCCGAUGAGGACAACUGUGACGAGGAGACUUCAGCCCAGACCCGAGUCCUCAAUGACCUGCUGCUGCACAGAGACGCUGUGUGUGUGUCAAACUCUCCACCGGCAGAGGGUGCUGAGGAGAGCCAGUCCAGUGCAGAAAAAGUUCAGGACUGUGACGUUCUCUUGGAGCCAACAGUCCUCAGAUCUCUGAGAGGAGAUGGCAACACCUUUUCCCUUUUGAAAAACUGGAGUCUUCAGCUGAGACAGCAGUCUCUUUUGUCAGAGGAUGAGGAGUACACCACAGGGUCAGAGGUCACUGAAGACGAGGUUGGGGAUGAAGAGGAACUCUCUAAGAAGCAAGCUGCUAAGAAGGCCAAAAAGGCUCACGGACCUUUGAAAAAACAGCUGUCCUCGCCAAACUUCCAACGCAAAGAAAAAUCUGAGAAAUCACAGACCAGGGACAACACGCCUUUCACAGUAAGCGUCCAGAAGAGUAAGUGGGACAGCUCUCGCUCUAUGCGCUACAACCAGGACGCUCAGCGAGAGGAAGACCAGCGCCGCAUGGUGGAGAUCAUUGGCUACCUGACAAAGAUGAGGUUUGGAGACCAGGAACAGAGUAAAUCCAAGGAUACUAAAGAGCCUGCAGGGGGGAUCUACUCCAGACUUGAAGUGCAAUUUAGGAGCUCCUCUCAAGUCAGACACAGUUCAGAAAAGACACCCAGGUCUAAAACACGCUACGCUCAAAUCCGAACAACAUAAACAAGCUAAUGGGGGGGGGAAAAAGGCAGUGGAGCUGCUAAAUAGACCAGCAUUAAACCCGAUGAAGAGGACAGAGACUCGCUCCUCAACCCCAGCACUUGUCAGCCCCCCCGCCCCUGCUUAACUCAGGUGACUAUGUAUGGAUCACCGUCAACCACAUCUCCUCUCAUUCGGCCCACUGUGUUUGUUCAGCUGCAUCCAGUCCACAAAAACAACAAGCAGAACUGUGGACCCAGCUCGGCUCAUUAGAAAUGCACUUUGACUUUCCUCAGUGUUUCUUCAAAGACGGACAGGUGGGGAUUUCUACAGAAGGCAACUGGAGAAAAGUAUGGAAGUCCACUCAUGCCAGUGGGAAAAGAAAAAGUCAUUUGUAUUUCAGAAAAUAUAUUUCAUAGCAAUGACAAACAUGUAUCUUAUUGUAAAAUACAUAGUUUCUGUCUGUCCACCAACUCCUACACAAUCAGGAGUUAAUCAACCAAACUUGGCACACAGGUACAUCUUAGGCCCCUAUACGUUCUUACCUAUAUCAGAUACUAUGGUGUAAUCACAUUACGCAACUACCUACUGACCAACUAAAAGGACACACUUUGUGUCUAUGCACCUAUCUCACCUUAUACAAGCAUUGUAUCAUUUCAGUUUCACAACAGUAGCAUCUCAUUUACAUCAGAUGUUAUAGUUGUGAAUAUUUUGAUAUGCAAUAUCAUCGUGUUGCUUGGCAACCACCUGGUAACAGAAUAAAAUGACAUUUAUGUAGUAGAGCAGGACAUGGGAUGUAGUAGUAAAGGUAAAUUUAAAAAAUAAAGAAAUUACAAAAAUGCCACAACAGAAAAAAGUUUUGAUGUAAAAAAAAAAGAAAAGAAAAAAAGCAUAAAUCAAAUUGACUUGAACUGAGGAAAAAAAACUACAUCAGGAUACUGGAAAACAUGUGUGUCUAAAGCUCCAAUGACAUUUUUUUAAAUGCUAAAUUGAGAUCAAAUUUAAUUUUGAGGUUAAGAAGUAAAAUUGAGAUAAAUGUAUUAUAUGUUAUAUGAACAUCGGUCAAAAAGAUGUCAUGAGAAAAAUUUAUGAAAAAAAAAAUUCAUUUUCUUAAACUGGCAGUGAUUAUCUUCCUGGAUACCUAGUUGAAGAUGUUUUCCUUCUUAAACUGACAUCUUUUAUUUCCACCGUAGUGGAAGGUCAGAGAUGUGUGGCAUGAAAAUUUUACUGCAUCAACUGAAAUUUACACCCAGCCUUACAUUUACACUGUAAUUCUGCCUGCGUUUUGUGUAAAGCUCAUUCUUUAGGUGAGAAGGAUGCCACAUUUGUUCCACCAAGUUCUGGUAGAGAUGUAGUUCUAGUCUUUCCUGUGUUUACUGGAACGUGACUGUGCCAUGUACCACACCUAGGCCAAUAAAAUACAAGUGACUAAAUCCAU